CAGCCGCGCGGAGUUUAAGAUGAGAAAUCGUUGAAACCAAAGGAGGUUGGGAUGUAUAAAAUCCAAUCCAAUAUCCAUGUGAGGUGAGCAAUCAUAAGCGAGGUGAAGAUGUCGCUGAAGCUGUUGGAUUUCUGGGGGAGCCCAUUCGCGGUGAGGGUGCGGCUGGCCCUGGCGGAGAAAGGGCUGAGCUACGAGUCGCAGGAGGAAGACUUGUUCGGCGGGAAGAGCGAGCUGCUCCUCAAAUCCAACCCCAUCUACGAGAAGGUGCCCGUGCUCCUGCACGACGCCAAACCUGUUCUCGAGUCGGCCAACAUCGUCUAUUACAUCGACGAGACGUGGCCAAAGCCUCAGCUGCUGCCCGCUUGCUCCUACGCCCGAUCCCGGGCUCGUUUCUGGACCGACUUCAUCGACAAGAAUGUGUUUGAUGUUGGCAGGAAGAUUUGGAUGGGGAAGGGGGCUGAGGUGGAGGCGGGCAAGGAUGAAUUCAUGCAAGUGCUGAAGAAGCUGGAGGGUGCAUUGGGGGAGAGAGAGUACUACGGCGGGGAGGAGUUCGGGUUUGUGGACGUGAUGCUGGUGUCGCUGUCGUGCUGGUUUCCCACCUACGAGAAGUACGGAGGUUUCAAGGUGGCGGAGGAGUCUCCUAAGAUUGCUGCGUGGAUCAAAAAGUGCUACGAGAGGGAAACUGUCGCCAAAUCCAUGCCCGAUCCUCACCGGGUUAUUGAGUUGGUGGGCAUGUUGAGAAAGAUGCAUGGGGUUGAUUGAAUUCACUUUUUCUCUUUUUCUUGCUUAAUUUCGCUUUCUGUGUUUUACCUAAAACCUCAAUAAGAUGAAUAAUGUUUCUCAUUCUUGGUUAGUUUACUAGUCAAGAGAGGCCGGAUGAUCAGGAGAAACAUUUGGGUAGUUGUUUUAUUAAUUUGGUUGUUGCUGUUAUUUGUCUUGAUUAGUAUGUUGUUAUGUUCGGUAAUUACAUAUAUAUGUUUGCUUAUUCUCUA